UCUGUUUGUUCUUAUCCAACUUAUAAUCUUUCAAGCAACUUUCAUAUUCAAACUGAAAAAAUGCAAAUCUUCCUCAAGAAGCUCGAUGGUAAAGUCACUGCUUAUCAAGUAGAAUCCAAUAAUACCAUUGCUACCUUGAAGGAACAAAUAUCAGACUAUGAGACAAUUCCUGUAGAUGGUAUGCGCUUGAUUCAUGGUGGAAAACCACUCGAUGACAAAAUGACUUUUGAGGAUUAUCAAAUCCAACCAGACUCUGCUAUUUUCCUUGUACUUCGUCUACUUGGUGGUAGCGUUAAAACUGUCUAGGCAAAAUUGUGUCCAGAAUGAUACCUUCAUCAACACUCGUCAACGUGAAGUAACUUGUGUCUCUUUUAUCAGCAAUAGUUAACACUUCAUCUCUAUUAUUCAAACGAUGAAUCACAAAAAUCUUGGUUCUUUUUUUCAUAAACCAGCAAUAAAUGUCUAGCCAAAAUUUGCGUAUGGAUAAUAUUG